CCCGUCAUCUCUGCUGAGAAAGCCUACCAUGAACAGCUUACUGUAGCAGAGAUCACCAAUGCUUGCUUUGAGCCAGCCAACCAGAUGGUAAAAUGUGACCCCCGCCAUGGUAAAUACAUGGCUUGCUGCCUGUUGUACAGUGGUGAUGUGGUCCCCAAAGAUGUUAAUGCUGCCAUUGCCACCAUCAAGACCAAGCGCAGCAUCCAGUUUGUGGAUUGGUGUCCCACUGGCUUUAAGGUUGGCAUUAAUUACCAGCCUCCCACUGUGGUUCCUGGUGGAGACCUGGCCAAGGUACAGCGUGCUGUGUGCAUGUUGAGUAACACCAUAGCCAUUGCUGAGGCCUGGGCUCGCCUGGAUCACAAGUUUGACCUGAUGUAUGCCAAGCAUGCCUUUGUUCACUGGUAUGUGGGUGAGGGGAUGGAGGAAGGAGAGUUUUCUGAGGCCCGCGAGGACAUGCCUGCCCUAGAGAAAGAUUAUGAGGAGGUUGGAGUAGAUAGUGCUGAGGGAGAGGAUGAGGGUGAAGAGUAUUGACCUUGCUGCUAUGAUUUCACACUCCAUUGUCUUGGAUUUGUCUUAUCUGUGUCUCUUUUAACCCUGAACUAUCAAUAAAAGCAUUUCCAUU